AUGGGUUGGUUUUGGGGUUCCUCCGAUAAUGAUGACGAGAAGAAGUCUCAAGAUCCCCUACGAAACUUGGAUCCCAGUUUACGAGACUUCCUGGCGAAAGAGUCUCCCAUAAAAUACAGCCCUUCGACUCCUGCUACGAACCACGAAUCUAUAACAGCUCCAAAGUCAGCGGAUACGACUCCUCCAGCACCUCCAAAACCUAUUUCUGAUGCCGAUACCUCCAAUGUCCCUGCUCAAAGCUUGUACAAAGACGGUCGAUAUGCACACCUUUGGAAAACAUAUCAAUCACAAUCGGACGUGGAAUCGGAAAGCAAAUCAGACCAGGAGAAGAUCAAUGACGUCCUGGAUGGUUACAAGCAUAGGAAAGCAGAGAUUGGUAGAGCAGCGCUGGAGAAUUGUGCAUUGGAGCAAUGGCAGGUCAACGAGUGCUUUCGAACUGGGGGUUGGACCAGUCGAUUGACUCUCUGUCGGGCAGAGAAUCGGGAAUUGGAGAGAUGUUAUAUGAUGCAAGGGAAAUUCUUGAAGGCAUUGGGAUACCUUUCCACUUUCGACCGACCUCCCGAAGUUGACGAGCAGAUCCAAAUGCACGCAGAUACGCUAUACCAUCGAAUGUUGGACCAAGAGAAAGCGAUCGAGGCUGCGAAAGCAGAAGGAAAGCCUAUACCCUCGUUUCCGCCUCUGUUGUCCUCGAGAUCCAAAUCGACAACUUCUCCAGCUCCACACAACCUUGAAGACAACAGAGUGAAGGCUGCAGAUCUGCCAGCGUCAGUGCAGAAAGGAUUGAAGAAGCGCUUAGAAGGUCUGAAUGACGAGGAACGGGAAGUUGAAGAGAGAGCGAUUAAGGCUGAGAUCCAAGCUGGAGAACAAGUUGCUGCGUCACUGAGCACCAUAUACGAGAAACAGGCCGAGGAGCGACGAUUGCGAAAGGAGCAGGGCAAAGAGACAAUAGGAGACAAAUUGUCAUCGGUCUUUGGCUUUCGAUGA